CUCUGUAGUCAUCUGUAGUCACUGUAUAUGCAGGCCAGCCAUGCGCAGAUUUGCAUUCAUCCCGUAUUUCUUUUUCGAUAUGGCCGCCGAAAGGAUUUCUCAGGAAAAAAAUUAAUGAAUUAAAAGCUCACCCAGGAAGUACUGGUGAAUGUGAUUGUCGUGUAUUGGUAACGUGGUAAGUGAAACCUACUACUCAUUUUUCCACCUUUCUGUACACCUUUCAUUUUUACUUUCGGAGCAUUUCGGAGGUUACGAUUCAAUGGCGACAAAAAAUAAAAACUAUUGAUAGAAAAUGAAGGGUUAACUUAAAGUCAAGAAAUCGCCAUUCGUCUAUAAUCUUGGUUGCUAAAAAUUAGCAACACGAGUGAAACCAAUGUAAUAUUUACGUUAUUGCAAUUAUAAUCAAUCCGAUAACCCUUUGGUUGCGUGUAUUACAGGUUCGUUCCGUAAUUUUGUUAUGUUAUUAGCAACAUCAUUUGUUUAAGCAAGCACUGCUUAAUAAAAGACACAUAUUGUUUAUGUCUCAUUCAUUCUCCUGUUGCAAUCAAUUUGACAGUAUUACCCUCUUUAGCUGUGUCAGUAUUAAAUACAACACAAUUUCAUUUUGACAUAAGCAGCUAUAUUUUUUUCUCUUUUAAGUCGCAAAGUUAUUCUAGUUCUUAACUUUGCGUGAUAUUAGUGUCUUUAUAUGAUACACUCUAUUUAAUGUUUUGUGCUAUUGUGCAUCCUGGAAACAUUAUUGAAAAUAUGAGGUUUUAUGUUCAUCGAGGUGUAAGUACAUAGACAUAAAUUGUUUAAAACACAUUUAAAAGGUCAAUGAUGUUGUAUUCUUUGUUGCUGAAACUAUCUGUUCAGCAAUAUUUUACAACAUCUAUUAUGUCUUGUAUUAAAUAUAAAUUUAUGAUCAGAUUUUAGCUAUAUGUUAAAUUACAAUAUUUAUGGAAACUUCACAUUUAAAUAAUGUUAUGUGUGUACAUAAAUUGUUUAAAUAUAAUAUGUACAGCUUUGUGGGGAAAUCGUGGUGAGAAUUUUUCAUUAACCUGGCGUAGUCAUGCAAAACUUUGAUGAUCUUGAUAUAGAGGGUCGUAACCCCUCUCAUUUAACCGAAGAUGAUCAAGAUAAGGAAGAAUAUGAUCGAAAACGUUUAAUGAGGAGUAGUGUCACGGCUGAAGAUGGCACGCUCAGGCCAGUGUAUUCUGAAACAGAAGAUGGUGAUAUAUGGUGUCAUAUAUGUAAUAUUGCUCUGUUUGGAGCUCAUAAAUUAUUAAAUCAUAAUAUGUGUAAUCGUCAUAAAAUGAAAUUAGAUGAAUGGCCGUAUCCAGUUUUAUUAUGGUCCAAACGAACAGAUAUUCCAAAAGCAGCUCCACCGGUGCAAUCGGCUGCGAUUAGCGAUAGUCUAGCACCUGGAGAACCAGUACCACCUGGCAUGGAAGACCAAAUAACUAGAACAACUACGAUUCAGAUGAGUCUGGAUCGACACAGAAGUUCUCCACUAGUUGGUCUCGAAUACCUUCUAGAAUUGGUUGAUAAUGAUUCUUGUGAACCCAGUUAUACAUGUGUUUUGUGUGAUAAACGAGGCGAUCCUCGUACUGUUAUGGCCCAUAUUACCAGUUACAAUCACAGAAUAACUUAUCUAAAUAGACAUUUUCCAACAAUAUCGCGAGCUAUUAUGGAAUUACCGCGUACUCUUAAUUAUAAACGUGGAGCUAAUGAAAUAUCGGUGUUAGUGGCUAAGAAGAUCGAAGAACGAUUUGGAAGAUUACAGCCUCAAUUGGUUGAUAAAAACCAAUACGAAAAGAAUAAAAUGCAAUAUAUCAAGAGGGUCUAUCAGGAUUACCAUUUUAGGGAAACGCCAGAAUUAACGUUUAUGGAUGUUUACGAUGUGCGAUGGGUAACAAACUUUGAAGAGAAGAUGGCUGAAAUAACGGGUAAUAGUGGUUCAAAGAAAGAUUCUCAAUCUGCCGAUGAGAAGGUAGAAGAUAAGCACAAAAGUGAAGAGAAGAAAAGUGAGAAAUCAUCACCGAAGAAAACUGAGACUAAACCAACCACCACAAAAUCGGGUUUCAAGAUUCGUAUCCUUACGAGGGAUAAGUUAAAUAUGCGUAAACCGUUAGAUAAAGACGAAGAUAACGUGAAAAAAUCUCCUAAACGUCCCUCCGACGAGACUAAAUCCCUCUCGUCGCUUUCGAGCAUAUCUAGUUCGCCGUCGCCAUCGCGUUCGAGGUCACGUUCACCGAUUCGUAAUCGUAAAGACAGUUCGCUAGACAAAGGUAGCAGCAAGUAUCGUAGCAGCAAAUCACGAUAUUCGCGAGAUCGAACACGUUCGCGUACACGUUCGCGCUCCCGGUCCCCGGAACCGCUCAGGGAACGGGAUAAAUGGGAUAAGUACCGGGAACAGAUCAGACGUGCCGAAGAGACCCUCGAUCGUGCGUUAAAGUUUCACGAAAAGAACCCAGAGAAGCAUCCAUCGUACCCUGACGAAUGGAAGAAAUUCUGGAACAGACGGUAUAAAGAGUUGCAAGCUGAAGGUAAAGAUCCCAGUAAACACGACUUCAAACCAGAGUGGAUCGAAUUCUGGAAUAAAAGAAUGCGAGAGAUCCAUAAUGAGCAGCUACAGCAGCGCAAAGAGGAGAUUAGGAAGCGAUUGGAACUUCCGGAGGACAAACCACCGGAGAAAUGGAUCCCAAGCAGACGCGACCGGUCUCCAAAAAGAAGUCGUCAUCGCGUGGACAGCGACGACGAAGUGGAGUAUGUUGGUACGAAAACUAUUAAAAGUGAUUAUUAUGACCGCCAUGAGGUAAGGGAACGGGAUUACGCGUAUUCUUCGUACAUGCGCGGCAGAGGAAGCGUGUACAGGAAUAGUUACUAUCCCCGAGGAGUUCCGCCUCGUAGGCCUAUACAUUAUGCGACUCCGUAUCCAGUGAAAGAUAAAUCUCCGAGUCCUAUACCGGAUGAGGUGUUAACUGAAGAUUUAGAAGUGGUUGGUUUGUUACGAUUACUUACAGCAUUAGAAGGUCAGCUAGGCUCUCUUGGUCCCAAGAUAGUAUCUCUUCUUUCGAGAGCACUAGCUGCAGAAAAGGCGAAGCCUAAUUCUGCCGAGGAAUUAUUGUACGACGAAGAGGUAAGUGUACUGUUCGAAACGGUGAAAGAAAAGCUGAAAGGUCAGCUAUUCGCGGGAAUGAUAGAAAAGAUGGCUAUAACUCCGACGAAGACUGCGAUACAAAAUAUUGCACAGUUAUUGCACAAAGCAGCAGAGAGUAAAAAAAAGAUGGAAGAAGAGAAAAAGAAGAAAAGAGAAUUAGAAGCUGCCAGAUCGGCUAGUUACAUACCGAGAACUAUUUAUCCUAGAUCUGUGGAAAUUAUUACGCCUGCAAUUAAGUCUGAACCAGUUAGCGUUCCUGGUGUUGGCACUGUAGAUAAGGUAGCUAUUGCUCAGCAAAUAGCAGCCGCUCUGGUGGCACAGGGUAGGUCAAACGUGUCCCAAGAAGAAUUAGAAACUCUUAUCAAUGCUGUCGUUGGAAUGGCUGAGGCUUCAAAGAAUUCCGAUAAGCCGGUCACUACUGCAGAUUUUGUGAAAGGUUUAGCAAGUGGUAAUAACUCCCUUCCUCAAAGUACAACAUCUGCAGCGGCCACGUCCACGGCGACAGACACUGUUGAACGUCAGACUUCCAGGAUGGAGAGUAUGUCUGAUGCUGAAUUGAAGUCCCUUUUGCAGAAUUUCAAAGACCUAAGCACUCAAGAACAGCAUGGAUUAAUAAAUUUCUUGAAAAAAUUAGAAGCGACCGACCCGGUUCGAGUAGAGAAGUUAAGAACGUUCGUUAACUUGGGCACGACGUCGAUAGUGACAUCUGCGCCAAAACUAAAAUCUCCAACGCCGGAAAACAUUGAGACUAAUAUUAAGUCCAACAAAAGUGUGUCUCCUUUCUCGUUAAACAAAGGAAAUCAGAACCCAAUUGAGGUAGAAAAUAAAUGGAAACCUAAAAUUGAUAUGUUCGCGAAUGACGAUGACGAAGAGCAGCAGACAAAGAACGAGAGUGAGGACAAACAGAAAACUAAAUUAGAUUUAUCGGACGACGAUGAUGAUUAUACUUUUGAAGAUAUAUACAAAGCUGCAGAUAAAAAUGUUAGUGAAAAUGAAAAGGCAAAGUCCAAGUCCCGAGGAUUUUCAAAAUCCCUGUCGAAUUCACCGACGUCGUGGCGUUCGCGUUCACGUUCAAGGUCACGUUCUCCGGUAAGGUCGAAAGAACUGACAAAGACUAACGACCCGAACGCCAUCUUAAAUGAGACCAAACGGUUAAUAGCUAACAUAAUGGGCGAUCUUCCCAACAAAUAUGUCCCAAAAUCGUUAACAGGUGAAAAUACUGAAACUGUAUCAAAACCAUUAGAUGCUGCAAUGUCUAAUACAUCAACAGCUCCACUAUCGAAUUUUUAUAAUCAAGGUUACGUUCAGACUAAUCAGCCACCUAUGGCCCGUCCACAGGGACCUCCCUUAAGUUAUCCAAACAUGCCCAACCAACAGUUCCAAGGUUAUCCGCAGCAAAUGUACAGUGGUAAUCAAAGUUACAUGGACAAUGGUUAUAAUUACCAAGGUUACGGUGGUCUAGGCAGUCAGGGUCAGUACAGUGGACCGUCCAUGGCAUCGAAUCAGUAUCCUGCUCAACAGAAUUACGAUGGAUCCUCGUAUCCUGGUCCCGCGAGUCAUUCUUCGGGUUACCCUCCACAGCAACCACCGCAACAGUAUGGGAAUUACGUGCCGCAGCAACAACAACGUUUUUAUUGA